AUGUCAGAGCUGAUUUCUCGAUACGGAGGGAUCGAACGCUCCGCGGUGAGCGGCAAAACGAACUACCUCGUAGUAGGCUUUGAGAUGGAAGACGGACGACCUAUUACGGAGGGAUCCAAGUACAAAAAAGCGGUCGAAAAGAACGUGAGAAUCAUCAAUGAAGACGAGCUUCUCGCAAUGAUUCGUGCGAGUAAUCCGGAAGCCAGCGCUGCAAGCGAGGCAGAGCAGCUGAAAUCGAAGCAGCUCGAAGAGGAAAACGCUGUGCAGAAGGAAGAAACGCUCAUGAAAGAUCACGAUUUCGUUUCUUCGGAUUUGUUUACCGUCAAAUACGCGCCGUCUUCCAUCAAAGAAAUCAUCGGAAAUGAAGGAAUCAUCGAGAACGUGAAGCAAUGGCUGACGCAGUGGGACGAUGUGUUCAUUCACAAACGAAUCACAGUCAAACACACAAGUCAAAAUCCCGAUGCCAAAGCCGUUCUUCUGAGCGGUCCUCCAGGAAUCGGGAAAACGACCUCGGCUCAUAUUAUCGCAAAGGAAUGUGGCUAUGAAAUCGUCGAGUUAAACGCGAGCGACACGCGCAACCGAAAAUCCGUUCAGCGUUUUUUCAAUGAUAUGAUCGUAACGAAAAACGUGCAUCAGUUCUUCAGCGAUCAUUCCUCCGCAAAAACCGAUUCGCAAUCCAAACCCAAAGUGGGUAAUGCCAAUGCAAAGAUCCUCGUCGUGAUGGAUGAAGUGGAUGGAAUGGGAGGCGGCGAUCGAGGCGGAAUCGGCGAAUUGAUUCAAGUGAUCGAAGCCUCCAUGAUUCCGAUUAUCUGCAUUUGCAAUGAUCGUGACAACAAAAAGAUCCAGAGUUUGGCUCGGAAAUGCUAUGAUUGUUCCUUUGGAAAACUGCCUCAGGACGCGAUGAUUACGCGUCUUCAAUUCAUUUGCAAGAAGGAAGAAAUCGCGAUGUCCAAAGCGGAUUUGGCGGAGUUGGUGGAGUCGUCAGGCGGCGAUAUGCGCCAAGUUGCUUGUUUUUGUGUUGCAAUGAAUGUAUAG